CGGGGCCGCUCCGCCGCGCCGAGACCGUCCGCUCGUGGCAUGUGGCAGACGUGAACGCUGAAAUGCACCACUGACUGCCGGCAGCUGCGUCACCGUGCGCUCGGCCUCAGCCGAACCACACAGGACUCUGUGCCCGGUCACGCUCCCUUUUUUCGCUCUGUCGCGCCCCUCUCCCAACUAUAUAGUGCAGUGUGCCAUCAUUGUUUCACGUUUGAAGAACUGUGAUAUUACUUCAGCACAUCACGUAUCGUGAUACGUUCAUAGCUAAUGCUAAUGGUGAUUUUAAACAAAGUUUUAGUGAUAACAGACUGAUAAAAACACCCUUCUUACCCCUAUCCAUUUUCUAAUGUUAUCAACUUAAGCAUAUUAUUAUUAUGAUCAGACUGACAUAUCAGUAUAUUAUCUUCGCUAACUUCCAAGACUGAGCAGUUACUUCUUACGCUUUACCACGUGCCAAGUAGGACUAGUUAAUGUGUAAGUGAUGGAGGACACGAAUGGUGUGUGAGUGCAGUGCCAGUGUGGGGAGUGCAGUGCUGGUGUGGGGGAGUGCAGGGCUGGGGGGCGCACGGCAGCAAGGUGGUGGGUGGAGGGUUGUUCCGUUGCUGCGUGCCCUGGUGCGGGGCGCGCGCGGCGGCGCCCGACGACGCCGACUAUGCCCUAAGAGAGGGCAGCCCUCAGCUCUCUCACCAAGAAUACGUCGCACCCGAGCAACUAGUAAUAAACUCCCCGCGUCCGAUUGGCCAACAGUCGCCCCUGCCCGGCAUUGAGGAGGAGGACGAUUCCGACUGGCACCUAGAGGACACUACGGACGCGACCCUCACCCCGUCCUACAAAAGCACUAGAAGCAGCACAGACACAGCGUACACAUCGUCGAGGAGUUCGGGGAAGAAACGCAGCUUCGGUAGUCCAUCGUCAGUGAAGAUAUGUAUAUCGGCGGCGGCUAGGAAGUCCGGUCAAGCGCGCAAGCGCGGCCCUAUCGUCGUCGGCUCAUCGCCUACCGCGCCGGACGAUACGCCGGCGUCCACGCACGGCAGAAUGCAGGCCGAACAAGGCAGCAUCGGUGAACUGCAGAAGUACCACGGGCGGUACCUCAAGAGCCGCCGGCACACGCUCGCCAAUGUCCGCUUCGAUGUGGAGAAUGGCGGGGGUGCCGGCGGCGGCGCGGGGGGUGCGCGCUCCCCCCUCGAAGGGGGAUCGCCCUCCGCCGCGCUGGUGCUCCAGUCCAUGCCGCAGCGCCGCGAGUCCUUCCUCUACCGAUCCGAUUCCGACUUCGAAAUGUCACCCAAGUCCAUGUCGAGGAACAGCUCCAUUGCCAGCGAAAGAUUCAAGGAGGUCGAGGCGGCUCAGCUCGACAGAGCCCAUGGAGAAGACUUGAUCGUGACACCGUUCGCACAGGUGCUGGCCAGUCUACGCAGCGUCCGCAACAACUUCCUGUGCCUCACCAAUGUGCCGGCCUCUAAAUCACGGAGAUCAUCGGGUGCGGCAACCGCUGUCACGCCGCAACCCAAAAACCUAAACCCAGGAGACGAAGCAUACAUGAAGCUGGCACUAGAGACCGUUGAAGAGCUGGACUGGUGCCUGGACCAGCUCGAAACCAUACAGACCCACCGCUCCGUUUCCGAUAUGGCUUCGCUCAAGUUCAAACGGAUGCUGAACAAGGAGCUGAGCCACUUCUCGGAGUCCAGCAAGUCCGGCAACCAGAUUUCGGAGUACAUCUGCUCUACUUUCUUGGAUAAACAACAAGAGCUCGACAUACCAUCACUGCAAGUUGAUGAAGCAAGUGAACGAAUCAAGAAGAAGGAAAAGCCACGCCAUGCUGGACCUGGCACUACUAUGUCACAAAUAUCUGGUGUUAAAAGAGCACUCACACAUACAAACAGUUUCACUGGCGAACGUGUACCACGAUACGGCGUUGAAACACCUCACGAAGAAGAGUUGGGCCAACUAUUGGGAGAAAUCGAUCGCUGGGGUGUCGACAUUUUCCGCAUCGGUGAUCUCUCUUGCGGCCGCCCUCUGACCGCUGUCGCGUACGCCGCCUUCACGUCUAGAGAUUUGUUAACGACGCUGCAGAUCCCAUCGCGCACUUUCCUCGCGUUCGCUGUAACUCUCGAAGAACACUACAUACGCGACAAUCCGUUCCACAACUCUCUCCAUGCUGCAGACGUCACACAAUCGACAAACGUUCUUCUAAACACGCCCGCUUUAGACGCUGUGUUUACACCCAUUGAAGUAUGUGCGGCUUUAUUCGCUGCAUGCGUUCAUGACGUCGAUCAUCCCGGUCUAACAAAUCAAUUUCUGGUCAACUCGAGCUCGGAGCUGGCUUUAAUGUAUAACGAUGAAUCUGUACUAGAAAACCACCAUCUCGCUGUCGCCUUCAAGCUUCUCCAAAACGACGGCUGCGAUAUAUUCGUCAAUCUCCACAAGAAACAAAGGCAGACGCUGCGAAAGAUGGUCAUCGAUAUGGUGCUCUCGACAGACAUGUCCAAACACAUGAGCCUACUGGCAGAUCUCAAAACGAUGGUGGAGACUAAAAAGGUUGCUGGCAGUGGAGUAUUAUUACUGGAUAACUACACAGACCGAAUACAGGUUUUAGAAAAUCUCGUACACUGUGCUGAUUUGAGCAAUCCGACAAAACCACUACCGCUGUACAAGCGUUGGGUGGCGCUGCUCAUGGAAGAGUUCUUCCAACAAGGCGACCGUGAGCGAGAACAGGGCAUGGACAUCAGUCCCAUGUGCGACAGGCAUAACGCUACAAUUGAGAAAUCUCAAGUCGGUUUUAUCGACUACAUCGUACAUCCUCUUUGGGAGACGUGGGCAGAUCUGGUACAUCCAGACGCCCAAGAUAUUCUGGACACAUUAGAAGAGAACCGCGACUACUACCAAAGCAUGAUUCCCCCGUCACCGCCACCAGCGCCCAUCCAAUCUACACAUUCAGGAGCAGACGACGAGCGCCCCGAGCAGAUACGAUUUCAAGUAACGCUCGAGGAGGGCGAAGGCUCCGAAGACUGUGAGGGAGAGGGCGACGGUGGGAUGUGACGGAAACUAUUGGGAAUCUGUAAGAAACUCUCUGAGAAGAUGCAGGUGUGGUGGAAGCUCUGGUAGAAGAGCGGACGGUCGCACCACGCCGGGCGUAUCUCUUGUUGUAUAAUAUACUUGUUGACGCUUACCCUCGAAGUGGAACGAUCCCGUGAGCAUCGUGACAUUUCGAACUAAUCAUUAUUUGUAUUAUGUGAUUACUGUGCAAUGUUGUUUAGACUUACCUUAUGACUAAAGUGUCCCUCCAAAGCGAACGACUGUAUCAUUCGAUUUUCUAGUGACCAUUUUGUUAUCGUUUCGUUCGUCUAACCAAAGAUGCAAUGAUCAAGUUCGUUACGUUCGUUCGGUCCCUGUGAGUAGUUCGUCUUCGAUUCGUAAUGUUAAAGUCGUAUAAGUAGAUUUUAGACGUCGUCCCUGUAUAUACUGGGUCGACUAAGUAAGGACAUUGAAAACGCUUAUUAAUUGGUAUGAAAGGGUAAUUUAUAUUGUCAUAUCAUCCACGUUUCUCAUUUAAUACGGGUUUGCGAUAAUGAUGUUAUUCACCAAAAUAUACUAACAUUAUAGGUAUUCCUAUAUAUAAAACUAUAUUAAGGUAAUUUUUUAAAAAUGCCUUUCGGAGUUUUUGUCGUGUCUUUUUCUGAUUAUUAAGAAUUCGGUCAGUCUCUUCAAUAUAAAAUAAGACUUCGAACCGAAUUUAACGUGUUAGAUAGCUUUACUUGAUUUUGGUAACCUAAUAGCACCUCAUUUCGUAUAAUGGAUCGCUGGCGAUCCCCUUUCUUUCUUGUUAGAAUAAUGUAUUAUUUUUAUAAAUUACAUACUGUACUCUAGUUCAUUACCCAAAUACAAGUCAUUUCUAGAAUAAAAUGUUUGUGUAUGCAAUUAACGACAAGUGUUAUAAAGUUUUAAUAAGUACCUACUAACACUGGCGUGGCUACUAAGUUUCGUUUGAGAGUUUAAGUGUUUGCUGAAGUAUAAUAGGCGCAAACUAAAGCGGCGCGAUGGCCGGGUGUUGCAAUAGUACCUAACUGUAAGUAGGUUCAGUAUCUUGCGCACAACAAUCGUUCAUUUGAAAAUGCUUAUAAUUGUUUGCAAAUCAUUUCUCAAAGUAAUAUAAACAUCGCUAAUGACCCGCGCGGUGUUAAUUGUCUGGUACCUACAGAUCCUAAUAUCAUUAACUUUAAAAUGGCAACUUGUAGAUUAUAAAUGGUUAUAUUUAAAAAUAUAUAUAAUGUAAUACUUAAUUACCUGUAUUAUGUUUGCAUUUCACGUAUCCAUCGAUGUUAGUGUAUGGUUAUAAAUAUUCGUGAGCUGGUCUCUAUACUUUCAUGUACUCAAAAGAUAUUUAUUUGUUUACCUGAUUAGAUGUCUUCUUUUUUGUUUUUGUACCUCACACGUCGUACCUCUGCCCAGAGUAUUUGCAAAGUAUUGUUAAUGUCAUAGCUCCAUCAUUCAUAUGUGUCAAGAAUGAAGGUCCAAUGUACAUUGUUUUUUUAGGUAAAAUAAGAUUUUAUUCGGCGAAAAUGAGUGCGACCGCUGUGUCGCCAUGUCUAUAAAAUGUCUGAUUUUAAAAUCAUAGUUUAGAGUAUGGUAUGUCGUACAAAGACAAAAAAUAAGUAUAUAAAUGCGCUUAUAUAACUACAAUUGUGUGUAAUAGAAACAUUACGCUUAGAAACAUUUGUGUUAUGAUAUACAUACUUAAUAAUAUGUAUGUAAAUUAUCUUGAAUAAUGUUUGUACUAUUAGAUCUGUGUGAUGUACGCGCAAUAUACGUGUGCGCCCAGUCUUUUCUAGUUCACAAGUGAACAACGGGCUUAUGCUGUAAUAUUGUUUGACGUUUAGAGUAUUCUCGAAGUGUCGCCAUCUAUGAGCCAAACAAGACAACAUGAAAUUAAUCAUCGCAAUUUUAUUGGGUGAUUAACAGAAGUUUAGCUAGCCGAAUACGAACAAAUCACAGCUAGUUCAAGCAACAUCAUGGUUAUUGUAACUAUUGUCUCAUACUAAAAUUGCAAUCUUGACGAAGGUGAUUAAGACAGUUUUGUAUGAUACGAAACUUUUGCGAUCGAGAAGGAAAAUUGUUAGCAUAAGCCCGCAGGCCAACUUUACGUCUUCAAAAUACCUACCGAUGUUAACUCAAACUUUAAAGCUAAUCAAAUGUGUAACUAGUUGUAUCUAUAAAUAUUAUGCUCGUUGUUUAAUAUUAAUUUCUGUAUAAUUGGAUGUACCUAACUUUAUAGAUAAUGCAGUGGGUUCGUUAAUGAAAAUUUUGGUCAUACUAUCCAUAGUAAAACAAUCAAUCAAUGUGACACUUCUCGCGUUUUUACUCACCUACCCACAUUAUUUGUAUAUCAUUUUUUACUGGUUUCACGGCUGUGGUUUCUAUUCUAGCCUUUUUUGAGCCUUCGUCUAUCACAGUUAUUUGUUAGCUAACUACCAAAGAGAAAUGUUUACCUUAUUUUUCAUUGUAUUACGUCAAUGUGCAUCUGGCAUGUCACUUUUUCGAAUUACUUGUUUAGAUUUACCUGUAAGUUAAUAAUGUCGCAGUGCGGUUUCAGUGUUAUAAUAAUUAUGUUUGGAGAACUAACACAUAAGAUUGGUUAAUACCUAGUUUAUUUAUAAAAAUACCGAAAUAAAAGUGUGCAAUGCUGGUCAUAUGCAUUACUUAUUAUUUAUGUUUAAAAAUAAAAUAGCUUGUAAUAGUUUAAAAUGAAUAUUUGAGUUGAAUUAAAGAAUAUUAAUGUAUUUAGAAUAAAAAAUAAUUGAAGAAAA